AUGGACAUCACAGAUAGGGACUUGGCGUCAGAGGAGUCCCUAUGGGCACUAUACGAGCGCUGGUGCGAGCAUCACAAUGCCGGGCGCAACCUCAGCGACAAGGCCCGGCACUUCAAAGUGUUCAAGGAGAACGCUCGCAUGAUCCAUCAAUUCAACCAAGGUGACACACCCUACAAGAUGAACCUCAACCUCUUUGGUGACAUGACCGAUGAGGAGGUUGACCACAUGUAUGCGACAGCAGCAAUGGAGGGCAUCAACUCCAUCAGGACUAGGAACCUGGUGUCAUUGUCUGCGCAACAGCUGAUAGACUGCGACAAGGGAAGUUUCGGCUGUCGUGGCGGCUACGUGUCAUCGGCCUUCAAGUACAUGAUCAAACACCGCGGCAUUGCCACAGCUACUAACCACCCAUAUGUUGCCCAUGAGCAUGACUACUGCUUGAUGCCGAAGCGGAAACAUGUCGUCACCAUCGAUGGCUUUAAAGAGGUGCCGCCAAAUGAUGAGAUGGCGUUGCUGCAGGCAGUGGCGGCCCAACCUGUCAUUGUGGCUGUCGACCCGAAGGCCUUCCAGCGCUAUGGAGGAGGUGUCUUUGUGGGUCCCUGUGGGACAAAUUGGACCCAUACAAUGACGGUGGUCGGCUAUGGCACCACCCAUGAUCAUGACCCCAAGAGACGCAUGCAAUACUGGAUCAUAAAGAAUUCGUGGGGGGCAAAAUGGGGUGAAAACGGCUACAUCCGCAUGGUGCGCGGAGCUGGUUCCUCCAAGUAG